CAUCCGCGAGGUCAUAAGUUUAUAAAGGGCAUCUGAACGUAACGCUUCCUAGAGGACUCUUUCUUUGACUUUCAUAAAAAUUAUGUUAUGUAUUAUAAGAAAAUCUGAACAUAUAUAGUAUAGCGUCAGAUGUUAUGAAAGUAAGGCGAUCUCCGAAAGCGAAGAAAUGAAAUCAAAGCGCAUUGGAAUCAUUGAGCAUAUAGAAUGUGUGCCGCGAGUGAUCCGUCUGCGCAAAGCAAAGGCAGAAUGGAUUGGCUUGUCUUGCCUCUAUCUUCCGGGGACUCCUAGGCUCUUUCAAUUGGACUUGUCUCGCUUAACUCGUCGAGUAGUUACUCUCCCGGAAUGAAGAUCUGUUCGAUCAGUAUCCCGAAAAAUCCUUAGAAUGAGUAGCUCCUAGCCCCUGCUUCUAUCAUUGGUGCUAUCAUCGUAUUAUAAUCAUUCCCGCAUCUUUCUAUCAAUCUAUCAAUUGAAUAAGAGAGAGGGUAGAAAAGAAGGGGAUGGAUGGGCCAUGAGAAGGAACGCUAGCUAGAUUCUUAACACAUGCAAGUCGGACGGGGGGAAGAAGCGGGGUAGAGUAAUUGGAAAACUCAUUAGGCUCAUGCCCUGAAGAUUGCAGGUUCGAAUCCUGCCCCCGCCUAAGAUAAGAACUCUUUUUUCAUUUUAGGUAUAGAUGGUACUGGACAAGCUCUUAGGGAAUAAUCUCUUUCUUAUUUCCUCCCUUUUUCCAAUGACUACUAGGAAGAUCAAAAAUUUCACUUCGAAUUUCGGACCUCAACAUCCUGCUGCUCAUGGUGUUUCACGAUUAGUAUUGGAAAUGAACGGAGAAGUGGUGGAACGUGCAGAACCACAUAUUGGAUUACUCCAUAGAGGGACUGAGAAAUUAAUAGAGUACAAAACUUAUCUUCAAGCUUUACCUUAUUUUGAUCGUUUAGACUAUGUUUCUAUGAUGGCCCAAGAACACGCUCAUUCUUCAGCCGUAGAGAGACUUUUGAAUUGCGAGGUACCAUUACGAGCUCAAUAUAUACGAGUGUUAUUCCGUGAAAUAACUCGAAUUUCAAAUCAUUCACUUGCUUUAACUACUCAUGCUAUGGAUGUGGGAGCAUUAACUCCGUUCCUGUGGGCUUUUGAGGAGCGAGAGAAAUUGUUGGAAUUCUAUGAAAGAGUCCCGGGAGCCAGGAUGCAUGCCAGUUUCAUACGACCAGGUGGAGUGGCACAAGAUCUGCCUCUUGGCUUAUGUCGAGAUAUUGAUUCCUCCACACAACAAUUUGCUUCUCGUAUCGACGAAUUAGAAGAGAUGUCAACCGGCAACCGUAUCUGGAAACAACGAUUAGUGGAUAUUGGUACUGUCACUGCGCAGCAAGCAAAGGAUUGGGGAUUCAGUGGUGUAAUGUUAAGAGGUCGUGCGGUGAAGUGGUGGGCCUACCCAUCCCAACCAGGGGUAUGCUGGGAUUUGCGAAGAGCAGCACCUUACGAUGUUUAUGACCAAUUGGAUUUUGACGUACCAGUAGGUACCAGAGGAGAUCGCUAUGAUCGUUACUGUAUCCGUAUCGAAGAGAUGCGACAAAGUGUUCGGAUCAUUGUGCAAUGUCUUAAUCAAAUGCCUAGUGGCAUGAUCAAAGCCGAUGAUCGUAAGCUAUGUCCUCCAUCACGACAUCGAAUGAAACUAUCCAUGGAAUCGUGCAUUCACCAUUUCGAACCUUAUACAGAAGGUUUUUCCGUACCAGCUCCUUCUACCUAUACCGCAGUUGAAGCACCUAAAGGAGAAUUUGGUGUCUUUCUGGUCAGUAAUGCAAGCAAUCGUCCUUACCGUCGUAAAAUAAGAGCACCUGGCUCUGCCCAUUCACAAGGACUCGAUUCUAUGUCCAAACAUCACAUGCCAGCCGAUGUGGUCACCAUCAUAGGUACUCAAGAUAUUGUGUCUGGAGAGGUGGAUAGAUAGGACUACUAGUUGCUCGAUCAGGACCCUAGCUUUAUUGCGAGCCAAAACCUUGCAGGAUUCCCCUUCCAGCAAGAAAACUAUAGCGCGUGAGCGCAACUUCGCCCCAAAAGCUUCGCUUUAGCUAUUACAUCCGUUGCUUGUUUACUCGGAUGAUGCGAUGCCUUUAAAUCGAUAGAAAGAGAAACUCGCUGGUAUUCUUAUUCUUUGAGUUCACUCGCUUAGUUAAAGCAUUAAGGUAGUUUACUCGCUAAAGCUCGAAGUUGAGCUUAAGCGAAGCUUUCGGAUAGGUUAUUGAUAAAGCAAAGGCUUCGGCUAGCGAAGUUCAAAGUGAGUGAGCUAGGGCUAGGGUAGGCAACUUCAAUAGGUCGAGGGGAGGAAGAAGGAGUUGUUCCAGAACCCGCUGGCAGAAUUUUGUUGGAAGAAGGGCUUUAUGCCCUGAAUAUGCUUGCUUUCACUCCCCCUCUUUUUUUCUUUCUUUAGUUACAGACUAAAGGAAAUCUAAGCCGGAGGUUGUGGCGUAGGAAGAGUGUUCGCUCUUUGCCUCAAGGGAACUCUGAUCCCGAGGAGUUAAUUUGAAUCUAUGUUGAUAGAAAUCCCGAAUCCAUUCAAUUAGAUGUCUGUGCUAGAUGCGCGAGUCCUGUCCUUGAUGAAGGGUCUGUGAUCCAUCCCCAUAUCUGUCAAUCCCGUCUCCCUUAAUGCUUUAACUAAGCAAUAGUUUGACUCUAACAAGUAAGCAAGUAAACUCCCUUACGAAUGCACCCGACGAGAAAGAGGGGUUAGCAGCUUGACAGCGUGAACCAGGUCUUGCAUUUGGUAUUACCGCAGUUGACGCCCCAUCGAGUUAGCUAGUUAAGGAUUAAACGGGUUUAGGAAAGAAUAGCAGGUAAAGUCAAGUCCUUGCUACGAAUUCAGCAUUUUAGCAUUACAAAAUACUUUCACUAAGUAAACUACCUUACUUGCUUACUCGUUAGAGUAAGGUCAUUCCUAUUUACUUACUUGGAACAAGUAAGGAGCCGAGUCGGUAACGAGUAGCUCCUCUUUCAAGCACUAGCCCUUCUUUCUAGCCGUUCAAGCAAGGCAAUUGGUAGGUGACAUAGUGAUAGGUUUCAAGAUGAAUAAGCAGGUGGGGACGACCAAUGAUCCCUCCCUGAGAAAGUUCCCAGAGGGCCGGAGUACAUACCCUUCUUUGGUGUGAAGCUGCCUUUAGCAUAGCCCUUUUCUUUCUUGUUGAAUCAGGAACCGGUGCAUUUCCUAUUCCCCAGGACUCCUGUUCGGGAUCUAAGACAGAUAUUUAGAAUCCAGAGAUGUUAUCAUCCGUACUUCAUGCCUUAAACCUCAUUCCCGACCUAAGAGCAAAGAUAAGUGCCCUAUCUAUUUCCCGAAGGGGCAGGGAAAACUGACCCGGGCAACCUUCACUAGUAGAAUUAUUAUUUUGGUAUGAGACCAAGCAAGGAUCACUUGAACUCACUUCCCCGGUUGCAAAGCAAAGACCGGACCCAAUCACCAAAGGUGCCUGAUGCUGAAUGCGCUCAUCCCUUCAUGCCUUCGCUCCAACACUUGUUACAGCAUAAGGAGACCGGGAACUGAUGCUAUACCCCGAGAUGGAUUCUAUAUAAUAAGGAAGGGAAUCGCUUUGAUUGAUUGCUUGCGACAGCUUAUCGAUGCUCGUUAGCGGUGCUCAAACUAGAAGUUUCAAACAAAAGCGGGCCUACGAGAGAAAUUGACUUUACAUACUGAUAUCGUAUACCGAAGGGUGCUCGUAGAUCAGUUGCACCACUCCUCCUUACCUUCCGCCUGCCGUCUCCCUCCUCUUUGCUUUGCUAGCAUCCUUUGAUAAGCAAGUUGAAUGAGCCUUAAAAAAGAGGGGACCAUUUGAGAUGCCAGUACGCAUCAGAGCCCCCAUUUUUUGGACUAAUCAAGAUUUAAAGAGGCUUUCUGGGGAUUUGCUUGUCAUCUUUGUUUUAGCUUCGCUAGCUUUCCCUUUUCAACUCGAAAGCACUUAGCCUUUCCAAUAGCGUAAGCUGAUCCAGCUGAUGCGAGAGUUCCAGCUCAACUAUUUCUUUUGUACCUUCAUUCAAUUCAAAUAUCAGAUAGUGAUU